AUGGCUGACUCUCUGCCCGCUCACCUUGAGCCGUCUAAGCUUGGGACGAAGGAAUAUUGGGACGCGCUCUACUCCACCGAACUCUCCAACCACGCCUCCAACCCCGCCGACCAAGGCACGGUGUGGUUCGACGACUCCGACGCCGAAGCGAAGCUCCUCGCCUUCCUCGCCGCCCGCGACGACCCCGCGCUCGACCGCGCCGCCACCUCCGGCGAUACCUCUCCCGUGCUUUCGGGCGACCAGGACGCGGGCUGGGACGUCGUCCUCGACAAGGGCACCUUUGACGCCAUCUGCCUGUCGGACCAGCUCGACGACCGCGGUAGGAGGAUAUGCGAGGGGUACAAGGAAAAAGUGCCCACUCUCGUGCGGCCCGGCGGCCUCUUCGUCGUGACGAGCUGUAACUGGACCGAGGAGGAGCUGCGGGCCUGGGCCUUUACGUUUGGCGGCGCCAAGGGUCAGACGAUUAGCACCUUGUGCUUCAGGAGGAGGUCGUGA